AUGGAAUUAAAUGGAACAACGACAACUGUUGGUUGGAACUACUCUGAUGAGCCAGAGCCGCUCGAGGACGUGAGUGGCUUCCAUGGGCCUUUCUCUGCUGUCUGCUACAGCCUGAUCUUCUGCGUCAGCCUGACUGGGAACAGCUUCCUGCUCUGGACCCUCCUGCGGCAGGAGGACCUGAGGCAGACGUCCAGCCUGCUGCUGCUGCACCUCACUGUGUCCGACCUCAUCUUCACCAUGCCGCUUCCAAUCUGGGCAGCGUAUCACAUCCACGGCUGGGUGAUGGGCGAGGUGGCAUGCAGGCUCGUGGGUGGCAUAUUUUUCCUGGGUUCAUACAGCUACAUGGCCUUCCUCACAGCCAUGACUGUGCACCGGUACAGGGCGGUCGUGCACGCCGUCACAGCGUCCUCCUUCAAGCCCAAUGUUCACCUUCUGAGUGGCGGCCUGUGGGUCUUCUGCUUGGCCUUCAGCGUACCCGAGAUGGUGUUCUCAGGGACAAAGGAUGUAGGUGACUUUGUGGACUGCAGCCAGAACUACGGAUCACACAUGCCAGAGUAUCUCAUGGAUUACAUUCAGAUUACAACUUUCUUCUUGUUACCAUUUAUUGUCAUCACAUUUUGCUACUCACGGAUGUGGUUUCGUAUUCGGAAAUGCAGGAUGAAGAAGAAGAACCAGGCAGUGAGGCUGAUCUUCAUCAUUGUAAUGGGCUUCUUUGUCUGCUGGGCACCAUACAAUGUCAUCCUCAUCCUGACCCUCCAUAACCUGAUAUCUGACCAAGGUUAUGCCUACGCCAUCUCCCACACCCUGGCCUACUCCCACUGUUGCCUCAGCCCCCUCAUCCACAUCUUGGGCUCAGGCAAAAUCAGAGGACGCCUCUCUGGUAGCUUCCGGUGGCUGUCCGUCAGAGACAGGCCCCAGACUCUCAGCACACACACCCAUGAAAUUGGUCUGUAG